GCGCUGAACUCUGGAACGAAAGACCCUCGGACUCUAAGAGCUGAUCGAGGUCGGAAACUCGGGAGCCCCAGCAUCACCACCCAUGGCUGUCAAUCCCCUGGAGGGUCUCAGGUCCAUCGCCGUGGACCGCCAACUCGUGGCAGAGAGGCCCCAGUCGUUCACCGGCCCCGGCCCAGCGCCCAGACUCAGACAGAGACCCGGCGUAUGCAGCAGCCACAAGCAGAAGUGGUUGGUGCGCGGGUCAAAGAGAGCUGUGGCUCCAACCCGCUGUCAACAUGCCCCGGAGAGUGCAGCCCGUGAGAGGAUGCGAGUGCGGAACAUGCGGCAGGCCUUCCACAGUCUGCAGGCGGCGCUGCCAUCUGUGCCUCCUGACACCAAGCUGUCCAAACUGGACAUCCUGGUUCUGGCCAUCAACUACAUCGCCCACCUGACGGAGACUCUGGACCAGGACAGGAGGCUGGUGGAGCAAACACGCUCCUCCAGAGCAGAAUACCUGCACCCGGUGAAGAAGUGGCCGAUGCGAUCUCUGCUCUACUGUGGCGACAUUGGCAAGCUGCUGUCAGUCACCGAGACUCCUGCUGCAGCUGGAUGGGACGGGACCCGCCUGCACAGCCGCAGCACCUACCCUGACACCGAGUAACGUGUGGACAGAGCUUUCACCCCAAUUCUAGCUCUCCCACAUUAUUUAUCACUCCAGUGCACAGCUGAACUGCACAGGUUUAUUUAUAACAGGGGUUUGACAAGUUGAGAAAGAGAUGUAUGUUGCCAUAUAUAUAUAUAUAUAUAUAUAUAUAUAUAUAUAUAUAAACAACAGUUGUCAGCUGAAAUUUGACAUCUAAAAAUCAUAAAUAUGACGAUAUAUAUAUAUAUAUAAAUAUAUAUAUACAUAUAGGCCUUCUCCAUCUGACACAACAUAACAGAAGUAUUCACACGAUUGUGGGCAAAUAUGCAAUGAAAAAACACUUUGGUCUUAAAUCUAUUUUAAUAUUUCAAUAUUUUAGCUGAGAGAGCAGCAUGUAUGAUGAGUACUGUUUAGGAAUGUCUCCGGAACACUUUCAUAUAUGUCAACA